AUGGCUGACCCAGACAAUUUUGAAACGCUCCUGUCAUUAAUGGACGAAAAAGAAGAUGCAAACCAUAGCAUAAAUGAUACAAAUUUUUCCAUGGUAGAUGCUUUAAAUGAAUUAGCAAAGUACAAAAAUAAAUGUAAAACAUUAGAAAAUCAUUUGAACAAUUUUAAUCAUCAACAAGGAAACACGAAACCAACAACGCCCAAGAAUUUACUGCAGGGUGAAAAGACAAACGCCGCACCAACGAAAAAGUAUCAAAAUAAAUCUGAUGCUGAUCGAGAGAAAUAUUCCGGUUUAAGGAUAGUAAAGCCGGUUAUAUCAUCAGUAAGUUUAGACACAAAAAUGAAAGAUAAGAAGUUCGUUAAACUUUGUGAAUUGAAGUGGCAGAAAGACAAAUUAAAUGAUGAUAAUAAUUGGGUAAUCAUGGCAGUAAUUAUCCAAAAGUUACCCCCUAAACAAGCAUCAAAUGGUAAAACGUAUGGUAUCUUAAAAUUAUCAGAUUUUAAUACCACCAUUUCACUUUUCCUCUUCGGGGAUUCUUACAAAGAACAUUGGAAAAUAGUUGAAGGAACCGUUAUCGCUGUUGUCAAUGCAACAGUUAUGAAAUCGAAAGAGGGCAAGAAGUAUGACGAUAUUUCACUAUCUCUAGAUUGUAUUCAUAAGUUACUGCCUGUUGGUAUGUCCAAAGACAUGGGCAAAUGCAUAGCUACAAGGAAUGAUGGUGCUGUAUGUACUAAUGUGAUCGACAGAUAUGGUGCUCCACAUGUACCUAAAUAUGCUCCUCUUAAAAGGAAGAUGGAAAAAGAUAUAUAUUUCUACCAAGGGCAGACGUUCAUGAUGAAACCUCCACCUCCGACGAAACAAAAUAAAAAAAUUUCUCUUAAGGAUAUAGGUGGUUCGGAAGUAAAGACCGUUUCAUUUCCUUUAACACAAACAUUAGCAGGAAGUACUAGCGUUAAUAAUUCCCGUGUAGAAUCUGUGAGAGAAAAUUCAAGUGGUAGCAAAGUUAAUAGAUCUCCUUUGAUUGAUCAAGAAUCUUUUCGUAAAAUGUUACAAGUUCCUUCCGUUGGCUCACGGAAUAUAAUACAACACCUUACUGAUGAUCAAUUACAUAAAGACAGCAAAAAUGUGUCAGAGAAAGCUCUUUCAGCUUCACAAUUACUCAAAGUUCAUGCUGAAGCCACAAAAACAGGAACUACACCAGUCAAUUUUGAAAAAGUUGGCCCGCGCCUUGGUCGUGGUUUGCUACCGGGUGCCUUUAUUAAUUUACCAUCGAAGAUAAGUCGUUGUGCAGCGAAGCAAAGAGCAAUAGCUAUUGUCAAACAAAAGCCCUUAAAAAAUGUCGAUCCUAAUAGCACGUCAGUUACGCUAACGGAAAAGGACCUUCAACGAAUCAACAAACGACGAGAAGAUAACGUCGAACGUUCAAAUCGUCAAUUAGAGAAAAAUAGCAACUCCAACCAAGACAACAAAGAUUCUCCACCGGUAAAGAAGAAGCGAAAAGGAAUACUUGGAGAUUUGAAUACCAUAGAUUUACAAUCUCCUGAGGGUCAACUGUUAUUAGAAGCAAAAUCAGCUUUUGAAAAUAUUGUAACUGAUAUGGAUUUGGAAAGGCAAGAACUAUAUUUCCAGGAAUUAGAACGAAAAGAAAAAAUAUAUGAUCAGCUCCAAUCAAUUCGAGAUCAAACUGUAUCGGCAUAUCACUGUAAAGCGUGCAGAUAUACUGCCCAGAGCAUCUCUCCACUUUGCAAGGAGCACAAUCAUACAGUUAAUCGUAUCAAAGCAAGGAAGCGAUUUUUUGAAUGUAGAAAUUGUAAUUAUAGGACUAUCACAUACAAUCAAAUUAUACCGAUAGUGCCUUGCCGGAAAUGUCAAGGUAUCAACUUCAAAAAAACUGGGAUGUACAAGGAAAAAGAAGGUCCAAAGGCUGAUCGAGAUAUUUUGCUACCUCGUGGUGUUGAACAUCCAAAUUUUUUGAACAGUCUGCGAUAG